AUGAGCUGGCCUCAAGGCGAGUUUGACAAUGAGUUGGGAGUUCUGCAUUACAUGAGGCGUCUGGCAAAUAGCCCUCUGGUCCGCCGUUCUCUUCCCAACGCGGCGGCCAUCAUGAAUCAGUUCUUCGCCUUUCGGCGGCACCCUGGCGAGAACAUUGCUACCUUUCUGGUCAGAGAGCAGCUUGUUUAUGAAGAAUUCGUAGAGGCCCUUCUUCGGUUGAAAGAGGAGCGCAAUGGUGCAGAUCCUCUCAAGCAGCUGUUUGGAUUGGAGUCUCUCUUGAAGACGGACCAGGAGGAUAAGCCGUGGUGGCAAGACCGGCGCUGGCGAGAGACCGACGAGGUCAAGCCGGAAGAGCCAGGAGACAGCGUGCCUGACAACUUCAUUUUGGAGGUGCUUCGAGGAUGGCGGCUUCUUCAGGCCGCGUCCUUGUCUCAGGAAGAACGUCGCGAUGUUCUAAGUGCCACCUCCAAUAAGCUGGACUAUCUUUCGGUGAGCGAUGCUUUGCAGAUCCUUUGGGAUGAGCAGUUGUCAGGUACCCGUCGUGGAGGCACGUUUUCUGCCAUGAUGACCGAUGCGUUUCCUGGAGGUGCCGAACAAGCAUGGGCGGAUGAGCAUAGCGAUUGGUGGGAUGAUCCUGGCUGGUCUCCGGAUGCAUGGAGCGAAAUGGAUUGGAUGCAAGCAGGCGACCACGAUGAGCCGUGGUGGCCGGAGGCAGCUUCCGUUGAGACGGAGCGUCAUCUCACCGCAGCAGAGCUAGAAGACCCAGAGGUUCGUGAUGCUCUUCAACAAGAAAGGGCAGCGGAGAACUUGGCUGCGGAGGCCAAGCUUACCUGGCAACGAGCGCAGGCGGCAACAGCCGCCCUUCGCAAAGAUCGUGGCUUUGGUCUGAACGCCGUGAAGGGCUCAGGCAAGUCUGGUGCAGCUCGUUGCCAUCGGUGUGGUCAGACAGGACAUUUCAUUCGUGACUGUCCUCUCCCGGCCAAAGGACACCCCAAGGGACACCUGCAUUUUGCAGGCGAAUGGAACCAGCCCUAUGAGAACUAUCCGGCUGAAGCCUUCGCGAUCAACAAGGGCAAGAGCAAGGGACGAUCGGGUUUCAGCUUUAGUGAUUUUCGACGUUGGACACAGAAAGGGAAAGCCAAGGGCAAGGGCUAUGGUUCAAAGGGAUCCUUUGCAGGUGGAAGUGUGAAUUCGUAUCUUUCAGAUUUUGUUGGUGGUCUGGAGAUGAUGAACCAAGAUGUACAGAAUGCGGAUGUCACUCCAGUGCCGCCUGGAACAGGCAUGCUUGACUGCGGGGCCACAGCAAGCGCUGGCCCGGAGGCAUCAGUCGAACGCCUCAUGCACUCCCUGUUGCAGUCAGAUCCAGGAGCUACGAUCACAGUUGACCAGAGUCGUCGGCCAUACUUUCGUUUCGGCAGUGGUUCCUGGGGGAGGGCUAGCUAUUGCUUGACGAUGGGCUCCAGUUUGUCGGGAAGCUUGAGGGAGUUCACAGUUUAUGCUUUGCCGAACCCCAAGGAGUACUAUGAACGAUGGUUUGAGGCCAAAAUGUUAGUUCCGGUCCUUAUCGGGAUGAGUCAUAUUGGCAAGGAGGGCGCUAGCAUGAUUGUGGAUUUUUCGGAUGGUCAUUUCGUGAACGCCAACUACCCCGAUAAGCCUGGUUUUCUUCAGCGCAACGAAAAGGGCCACUACAUGCUAGACAUCGUGAACUUUCUCACUGGUGGUAGAUCAACAACCUCAGGUCAUGUUAAUGUGGUUUUGAAAGACCCCGCUGUCGCGAUCUCACCAAUGGUUACCUCGACCACGACCUCUCCUACCUCAUCAUAUCCCUUGCCUGGCACUGCCGAGGACCUGCCCCUCAACUACUUGUACGGCAUGGAGCUUUUGGCGUCUUCGUCCGAGGAUCCUCGGGAUCCUCGGAGCGACAAGGAGCAGUGGCCAUGCAUGGGUGCUCAUCCUCAGGUGACUGUGGGCAAGAACCGGUACGGAGAGUGGCAUCACUGUUCGGUGUGCAAUCUCCGCACAAAGUACAUUCCUCGAGAGGGAGCACCCAGUUCGGACACGCAAGCAAUCAACCAUGCCAUGAUGCUUCGAGCGCUACGUCAGUUGGAGACCGACAUUGCGCCCCACCUUCCGGACCACGAGCUUGUCAAAGUUGCCUACGACAAGGAAGUAGCGGACAACCGGUAUCUUCAGCUUGUGAAAAGGGUUGCUCCGGCCAAAGCGGAGAGCAAGAUCGCCGUCAAGUUCGUUUCCAAGAACCUGGAGAAAUCUCGUCCUCUUCCGGGUGGAUACCAUCCCGAGCCGGGGCAGUCGUCGCUCGAGGUUCUGGAGAAUCCCAACCUGAUGGACUCACCGGAAGGGCAAUCUUCGACUGGUUCUGCUCUCGUCAUCGGCGGGAUUGGCGACCGCGCGCGUCCUCGCGAGAGAUUUCCGGAGAACAUGUCCACGGACUCCGAGCUUCAGCCACCCAUGGGAAUCACGAUGAGCGAUUUGGCCAAACUCAGUGCACGGGAUCUGGAACAAAUUCGACUUCGCAUUCAGCAGAACAUCACGGAUUGUCUUCAGGAUUCUGGCGGCGCAGAUGUUUGGGAGAUUUCGGACAGCUAUGAGACAGCCUUUCAGGAAGGGUUUGCACAUGAGGGUCUUCGCUUUCUUCACCUUCAUCCUGGGACUGGCUACCCCAUGGAUAAGUCUUCCACUUACACGAAACUGCGCCCCAUGUUUCUUUCUGCUCGACCUCGUCGAAUCUGGGUUCGUCCCAAGUCGGGGAUUUGGGAAGCCUUCCAGCGUCGCACUGACGAUUUGAAGGGCAUGAAGGACUCGGGUGAAGAACGACGUCGUAAGGAACGACAAGCGCUAAACCACCUCACCUCCUUCCUUGUGUGGUGCCUGGAUAAGUCUCCUCAUCUCGAGAUCUUCUGGGAAUGGCCUGCCAACAGCAAUGGAUGGAAGCAGCACGUGAUGGAAGACUUUGAGCAAAGCCUGUGGAUUCGAGACAAAGAGUGGCUGAGUUGUCGAGUGGAUAGCUGUCGCUAUGGUUCCAGAUGCGAGACUGAGGGUCACCGCCAUGAGUUUGUACAGAAGAAAUGGUUGAUACGUACCACUUGCCCACUCUUCCAUGCCCUGUACAAGUUCGUGUCUAUCCGGCUCCUUUCGCUGGCUCAGUGGCCAGAAGUUUUCGACAACAUCUGUAUCCAGAUCGUCUCUGGUCUCAGCUCGCUGCUCGAGGACCUCCUUUACGUCCUGAGGAAGAUGGGGACUAUGUGGAAAAGCUCCUCAAGGGUGACGUUCGACCUCGUCUUUGGGAUGGUAACAGGCUUGCUGGUUCAGACGCUGACCAGGAAGGACCUUCUAGUGGAUGUCCAAAAGUUGGUGAACUACAUGCCCUGGACCAAGAAGAUGCUUCUCCUCACCAGUCUUUGGCGCCGUCUCCAGAAGAACAAGAGCAAUGGGAACGAAAACUACUUCGCUUCCACAAAGCUGCUGGUGAAUCAUCUCGACAAGUUCCUCCUCUUUCCACUCGCCCUUUACCUCAGGACCAAGAUAAAGUUCAUUCUUCUGAUGGAUGCGGCUACCAAGUUCAAGGCCACAGAGGUUUUGCUGACCUAUGGUAUCAAUGAAAUGAAAGCUGAGACGACGUCCCAAGUGAUCGAAGUUUUCAGUCGAAGAUGGUUGGCCGAACGUCCCAAACCUCAGGUUGUGGUGCCCGACAAUGCGUCUUCCUUUAAGUCCAUGGCUUUUGGCGACUUCCUCUCCGAUGUGAACAUUAUGCUGUCACCGCCGCCUGAGACGGAACACUGGGCCCAUGGCGUGGCAGAGCAUGCCAUCGGUGACCUAAAGACAGUGAUGGACCGUUUGCAGGCUGGCGAGCCCACCUUCUCUCCAUCAACGAUCCUCUCAUUGGCGACGAUGAGUCUCAAUCAAGUCGAGGUGGUCAAGGGUUACAGUCCUUAUCAAUGGGUCUAUGGGAAGGACUUCAGCCUCACGGACGAGGAUAACAUCACCAUGGACCAGCUGGAGUCAGAGGCUCCACAUGUUGAAUUCGCGAGGCUGCUGACCAAAAGAGUAGAUGCGGAGGCGAUUGCUAGAAAAGUGAGAGCAGAGAGGUCUGGCGCCAUCGACAACCUCAUGAACUACAUCGUGGCCGGCGGGGUGGCUUCCGUGCGUCGGCUCGACCCUACUGGAUUGGGCCAGGACGUGUGGUGUUUCAAGAAGUGCUUCAGCAUCAACAUCCAGAUGAUCCAGCUCGACACAUCGUCUGGGUCGUAUUGGGUAGAUGAUCCAUCAACUUGGCGAUCCUUGGCUGACCUUCUACCUCGCAAGCAAUAUGAAGAUGUGACUUCGGAAGUUCCACCAGAAGCCGAAUCGGAGGACCUUCCUCUGGCACCAGACUCAUCCACUUGGCAGCCCUCUCGGCGGCUUCGUGGGAAGCAACAACCGCCCCGUUCGUUUGUGCCUAUGGAGCAGCCCAUGCAGGAGGAGGUGAAUGAUUACGAACCCCCAACUCCAUCGGUGAACUACUCACCCUCUCCUUUAGGGGCAUCGCCUGGUGAAGAGCACGAUCUACCUGAAGGACUUGGCAGUGGAUUACCGUCAGAAGCUCCUCUUGAUGAAACCGUUAGACCUCUUCUUCCCGGGUCUGCAGACGAGCAUACUGAGCCCAUUGAAGACGUCUCAUCCGAGGACCUCUCCAAUAUGCCACCGCCGCUGGACUCAGAUCCUCCUGAGGAACCUGAUGAAAAACGACCUCGCUUGGAUGAUGGUUUCUUCAUGGAGAUGGCUGAGGAAGUCCCUAUGUAUCAGCUUGCUUGCGAUCUGGAGCUGGACUCUCAUCGCAAACUGAAGAAGUUUCUUCGUUCGCCUGCAGCAUUCUUGGUGGGGCAGCUCCGUGACUCCGAAGUUGUCUUUGAAAAGCUGAAGCCUGCAGAUCGAAAACUUUUCGUCAAGGCCAAGGACAAGGAGGUCAGUUCGUUCAUCAAGCAAGAGGCAGUUCGUCGUUGCCUCUCAUGGGAAGAAGAACAAGGUGCUCGCGAAUCAGGUCGUGUGAUGAAAUGCCGUUGGGUGCUCACUUGGAAGCCCAUACCUGAAUCCGAGAGACCUGAAGCCCUACAGGAGGCUUCUCGUGGAGCGACUACCAUCUCUCCUGAUGGCAGUCGCAAGGCUAAGGCGCGGAUUGUCCUUCUGGGAUAUCAACACCCAGACCUUCUCAAGCCUGGCUUUCAGUCCUCAGCACCAGUUCUCAGUGUUCUCACGAGAAACCUUUUAUAUCAGAUGGUAGUGCAGGAGCAAUGGUCCAUAGAGGGUUUGGGUUUGAGCACUGCCUUUCUCCAAACGAGCAAGAAGGAGAAUAUGAAUAUUUGGACGACAGGGGUUCCUGAACUAUGUCGUGCCCUCAACGUACCUGAAGGCAGUCUUCUCAAGGUUCUGAAAGACUUCUACGGAAGCACUACGGCGCCACGUGGCCUGUGGGAGGACAUUGACAAGAAGUUCUGCAACUUGGGAGCCAUCAAAAUCAUCAGCGAUCCCUGCGUCUGGGUAUGGCUGUGUGACAAUCCUCGCCCCCGAAAUGAGUUUGACAAGAAGAUUCCUAUCGGUUUCAUGGGAGGCCAUGUUGAUGAUUUUCAUCGUGCUGGUAAUCGCAAGAAUGAGGCAUGGCUCUCCAUCUGCAAGCAGGUGGAUGAUAUGUAUGCUUGGGGGGCAUCCAAACGAGAUGCCUAUCGCCAUGCGGGAACCGACCUCAUCAUGCGAUACGACGCCGAAUGUGGUCACUUCAUUGAGAUCAAUCAGGAUUUCUAUGUGGAGUCCCUGACCGAUAUUGCCUUUCUCAAGGAAAGGGGUACCUUGGACCAGCCUCUCACCGCAUCGCAGAUUACCAGUUGUCGAGGUGCGCUUGGGGGUUUGCAGUGGUUGGCUAUUCAGACCCAGCCUCUCUUAUGCUCACGUUGUAACCUGUUGCUCACGGAUCUGUCAAACCAGCCCACUCGUCAGACAGCCCGCGAGAUUCAGGACAUGAUCAUGGAAGUCAGAGCAAAGCCCUCCAAGCUGAUCUUCAAGCGAAUUCCAUCAGUGACACACUGGCAGGAGAUGCACGUCAUCACUCUUGGAGACCAAGCAUCUAACAAUCGACCUCGUGGUGGUUCAACGGGCGGCAUGAUAACAUUUCUUGGUGGACCUGAACAUUCCGAAGGUCAUCCCGGGUAUCUCACGAUGGUGGCAUGGCGCACGUGGAAGCUGCAGCGAGUGGCAAUCUCCUCAAAUGAUGGCGAAGUACAGGCUAUGGUUGAGUCGGAGGACUCAAACUUUCGAACCCGCCUCAUUUGGGCGGAACUCCAUGGUGCCAGUCAUGAUCGUCCUCUACGUAACUCACUUGCUCACUGCGAGGCCAUGGUUUCCAAAAUCCCUGGCAUAGUCGGCACCGACAGCAAAGGUGGCUUUGACGCAGUGACAAGGAAUGAAGGCCCAACACUUGGGCUAUCAAAUGCUCGCGCGGCCAUUCAGGGCCACCAAAUCAAGGAGUCGAUACCUCGCACCAAAGGCAAGCUAAUUUGGCUCGCCAGUGACUGGAACUUGAGUGAUGGGCUCACCAAGAAGCCUGGCGAGAGUCGUGUCGGACUCACUCAGUUCCUAGAGGCGUGA